AUGGUAGCUCAGAGCCGACAGAAGAUAUAUGCGGACCGGAAUGUUCAGGAUUUGAAGUUUGCUAUUGAUGAUCAGGUUCAAUUAAAGGUUUUAUCCAUGAAGGGUGUUAUGAGGUUUGGUAAGAGGGGCAACUUAAGCCCUAGAUACAUUGGCCCAUUUGAGAUCGUGGAUUGUAUCGGUGAUGUAGCUUAUGAGUUAGCAUUUCUCCCAGGCUUGGCCGGAGUUCACCCGAUUUUUCAUGUUUCGAUGCUGGAGAAAUACUAUGCCGACGGUGCCUACAUUGUCCAUUGGGAUUCUAUAUUGCUUGAUGAGAAUUUGACUUACGAGGAGUAG